GGAGGGGGCGCGCGUGAGAGAGAGCGAGAGAGAGACCUAGACUAAGCGCGAGGGAGAGAGAGUCAUAGACUGGGGAAGAGAGAGAGAGAAAGAGAGCAAGGGAGCGCGAGCAGGCUGGCUCUCAGACUUAUUUUCUCCAUACAGUCAGAGUGAACUGCGGGGGCAGACGGAGUGGAUUGCAGCAGUCAUCGACAGCGGAAAGAGACUCAAAUAAGGAUUUUUUUUAUCGAGCUGUAUCGACUCACAACUCCCGCUUUUGUAUAAUUUUCGUCUACUUCGUUUUGAAACUCGACAAACGGAACUUUUCGCUUUUCUGGAGUUUGGAGAGGCGUUUUUUCAGAUAUGGACAGUCGGCGACCCGCUGCAGGGAGCGACUGGCCGGUGUACACCCAGUAGUCACUGGAAUAAAACUGUGAACUCCCCUUCUGGGAUUUUUUAAUGGAUGUUUGAUGAAGUGCGUCGCAUUUUUGGUCAGCUCUGGCACACCGUGGAUUUACCAGGUUCAGAAACGGAAAGAUACUAGUGAUUCCCUGUCGACGACAGGAAGGAUUUACGCUUCUAAAGUUGCAGGAAAAACAUGGAGACUGUAAAUCGGCAGAGCUUCCAGCCUCAUCCGGGACUGCAACAAACUCUCAAACAGUUUCACCUCAGCUCUAUGAGCUCUCUUGGCGGACCGGCGGCUUUCUCUGCCCGGUGGCAACAUGAGCUCCUCUUCAAGAAGGACGGUAAGGAGCCCGAGCCGGUUCUGCAGCAUCUGCCGCCACCGGUGAUGCCGGGCCCGCUGUUCAUCCCGUCAGACCGCUCCACGGAGAGGUGCGAGACGGUGCUGGAGAGCGAGACCAUCUCGUGCUUCGUGGUCGGCGGGGAGAAGCGACUGUGCCUGCCGCAGAUCCUCAACACCGUGCUGCGGGACUUCACCUUGCAGCAGAUCAACUCAGUGUGCGACGAUCUUCACAUUUACUGCUCCCGGUGCACGGCUGACCAGCUGGAGAUACUCAAAGUCAUGGGGAUCCUGCCCUUCUCGGCGCCGUCCUGCGGCCUCAUCACCAAGACGGACGCUGAGCGGCUCUGCAACGCCCUGAUCUACGGAGGCGCCUACCCGCCGCGCUGCAAGAAGGAGAUGAACGGAGGCUCGCUGGAGCUGGAGCUCACCGAGAAGAGCUUCAAAGUCUACCACGAGUGUUUCGGCAAGUGCAAGGGUUUGUUCGUGCCGGAGCUUUACACCAGCCCCAACGCAGCGUGCAUUCAGUGCAUGGACUGUAGACUAAUGUACCCGACCCAUAAGUUCGUGGUGCACAGUCACAAGGCACAGGAGAACAGGACUUGCCACUGGGGCUUCGACUCGGCCAACUGGAGGGCGUACAUUCUGUUGGGCCAGGAUUACUCGGGGAAAGAGGAGAAGGUCCGCCUGGAGCAGCUCUUGGACGAGAUCAAGGAGAAAUUUGACUUCGCCAACAAGUACAAGAGGAAAGCAUCGUCCAGGGCGUCUGAUCCCAUCCCAAUCAAAAAGUCCAAACAUGAAGACUUCCCAACGCAAUCCCUGCACGCCGACAAAGAGAAGCAGCAUGACUGGCUACAGUCCCUGUCCGCCUCCAAUAAGGGGCUCAACUGCAUCCAGCCCAGGCAGAGGCCCUCAGCUUUCAGACCUUGGUCCCCCCACAUCUCUGCUGGUGAUAAGGAGCCCUCCAGUCACCCCCUGGCCCUGCUGAGAGACAGCUUCUACAACUACAAGAGCCUGGAGAAAGCUGUAGCCCCCAAUGUGGCCCUUGCACCACUGCCCCUCGGGAAGGUGGGUCCCAUGUCCCCGUCGGUGCCCAGCACCUCCCAUCCAAGCGGAGGUGAACCCCCAGGUGAGGGCGCCAACGCCAACUCCAACUCCAACUCCAACUCCAGGCCUCGCAAGAGAAGAGCCAUGGAGGAGCUCCUGCCGCCGGUGCCAGAGCCCCCCUGCCCUCCGCCCUCAGCUGCCAGCAAGCCACUGCCACUGCCUCAGGAUGACAAAGAGUCUGAGGUGGAGAUCGAAGUAGAGAGUCGCGAUGAAUUCACUUCGUCCCUGUCCUCCCUGUCGUCCCCAUCUUUCACCUCGUCCAGCAGCUCAGCCAAGGACUUGAGCUCGCCGGGCACCCAAGUACCCCUCUGCACUGUCACGUCGGCCGAGUGCACCACUCCCGCAGCCGCACCUGUCGCAGCCCCCGUGACCCCUUCAGAAAUGGGGCUGGAGUCGGAGCUGGAGAGCCUGAGGCAGGCGCUGGACAGCGGACUGGACUCCAAAGAGUCAAAGGAAAAGUUUCUGCACGAGAUUGUUAAGAUGAGAGUGAAGCAGGAGGAGAAGUUGGGGUCGGCCUUGCAGGCCAAGCGCAGCCUUCAGCAGGAGUUGGAGUUCUUGCGGGUGGCAAAGAAGGAGAAGCUGCGGGAGGCGACCGAGGCAAAGCGAAACCUGAGGAAGGAAAUUGAGCGCCUGCGAGCCGAGAGCGAGAAGAAGAUGAAGGAAGCAAACGAGUCGCGGAUCCGUCUGAAGCGGGAGCUGGAGCAGGCCCGACAGCUGCGAGUCUGUGAUAAAGGCUGCGAGGCUGGCCGUCUUCGCGCAAAAUACUCGGCACAGAUCGAAGACCUCCAGAUGAAGCUGCAGCACGCCGAGGCCGACCGCGAGCAGCUCAGAGCCGACCUGCUGCUGGAGCGGGAGGCCAGGGAGCACCUGGAGAGGGUGGUGAAGGAGCUACAGCAGCAACUCUGGCCCAGUGACAAGGAAGGGAUGCCCAAGGACACGCUAGCUGACAACUAACCCAACAACCAGCCGACCAUUCCUCCCCUAUCGCCCGCCAUGAUCCCCAACAUCUUCUGCCCAAAUCAGACCAUAAACACACCCAGUCCUGGGUCGGCAACACAGGACCACUGUCCAUCACGCUCGCCCUCCGACCAGACCGAGAGAAGAAAUAUCCAUGCCCAUGAAAAGUGAGCGGUUUCCUUGGAGAAUGACUGGAAACAGCAAAGGACAAUGCUGCAACAAGGAAACAGCUGUUUCUAAAUCAAGCACUGACUUGUACCUUCCAAACUCACAGAACUCAAAACGAGAUCAAAAGAAUGAAAGAAACACAGAUGUAUGGUUGUGCCUGUUUUUUUCUCUCACAAGAAAAUCAGGUGACACAUUUGGACAGACAUCUGUGAUAAUAAAUGCUGAAAGAUGAUCAUAUUAUAUUAGAGUUAUACAGCUGUUGAGAGGUGUUAUAGGCGCGUCCAGGAGGGCUCACACUUAACCCACGGUUCCCCCGAAAAGUCUCUACCACCGUCCCUUGCCAUGACGAAGAUCGAGGAUUCUUGAAGACAUUCUAAGCUAUUUAAGAGACUACAUAGCAAAAUGUAAAGAAAAAAAAAGACAGCUUCUUUGUUUCUCUGUGCUUUUGAAGUUUGAAAAUUAAAAAAGAUACAAAUUAAUCAGAAGAUGAACAAAACAAGCAAAUGAACUGUCCACAGUGCCACCGUGGUUUUGUCGGUUUUUCAGGAAGCCAUCGCAGUCACACUGAGGGGAAAAGCAUCGAGUUCAAAGUUCAUCCGACCGUCUUUUCCUCCCAUUGUUGUUUUAUUAAAUCAUUUAUGUCUAAUUUCUCUGAGCAGUGGGUGGGCUUGCAUUUGGGUUGAUAUUUUCUCUCUGUGGAUCCAACUCUGGAUUAGGAAUUGGAAAUAAAAACAUGCUGUGUUAAAGGCACCUUUUUUAGUGAGCUCUCAUUUUAGAGGAUCAAUAACAUUAUCCAACAGUCUCCAUAAGUCACACUCCGGGUGCCAUAUGUUAUUUUAAACAUUUGGGUCAAAACCCUGACGUCUGUAUCUUGUAAAGAUAAAAUACUCCACGUGAGAGUGUGGCCUUGUUGUCUGGUCUUGCAACGCUUGAGUGAUGAAAGCCGGCAUGUUUUUAACUCCAAUUGACAUCAGAACUAUCAUCUAUGACAUCAUAGUGGGCUGGAUGGGGCACCCUUUGCAAGAACCACAAAAUGUUCAUUUUAAUUAAAUUAAGGUAUGUAAAUAUAAAUGUAUGUUGUUUUGUUUUGUUUUUUUUGACUUUACAAUAAUGAAUCGCACUUUGUCAUAACAAGAUACUGUUAUAAUGCAUUGUACUCCCACUAUUGUCUUCAAUCUUACUUUGAAAAACAUCAUCGUAUACAUGACUGCUACCAUAUAAAUCCAGUAAGCAUUUUGUUGAUUAUAUGCAUCUCAAAUAAAUACUGUUGUUCUGUUUUCUUAAGGAAAAGUCUUGUAAAUAAAAUGAAAAAAAAGGCUCUACCUGUUGCUUGCUGCUGCAGUCUGGGAUUGUUGGAAAGUUUUGGUCAUAGCACUCUCCCGUUUUUGUAAUAUAAUUGCCUCGUAUAUCGCUCGAGCACCCGGUUACAACUCCUAAGGAAUUUGACAAAACUUAAUUAACAGCAUGUUCAGUAAGUGAAUCGUUAUUGGAGCCUGAACAAAAAGUCACACGUUGGAAGAAUAAAAUCUGAUUUUAUUUAAAAGGCAGCAGCCAUCACACAGUGGGUACAAUGCAAUCAGAAUGUACAUUGUGUUAAUGCUAUUUUUCCUUUGGUUGUUGAUGUUGUUUUUAAACGUGGAGAUAUUUUAUUUCUUGUCUGUUAUUUUCACUUUUUUCAAUUGAAAACUCAUAUUUUCUUUAUGCAUGAAAUUUGAGUUUGCCAUACAUAUAGUCAAUUAUUGGGCAUUGAUACUGUACAUGUAAAGGUUUUAUUGUGUUAUGCAAUAUAAAGCAAUUUGUCUUAUCUAGAAAAGGAAAAGGUCAUGAAAAAAACAACAACACACAGUAUAUUGCUAUUAAGGAAAAAAAACUUCACUCUUUCAAAAAAAAAAAAAAAAAGACAACAAAAAAGAAGAAAAAGAAAAUGUCAAUGCAAUGCUGGACAACCUCAAGUGCCUGAACGUGGGCGGAAGGUGUCCAGAGUAGGAGAAUUGAUGAUGAAGCUGUUGGGGCUGGGCCUCUCAUCAACUUCCUGUUUGCAGGUUUCAAAUUAAAAGCCCCUCCCUCGCUCAGCAGCUAUUUUUAUCAGUAUUCUUAAGACCAACCAGUUUACAAACUUCUUUUCUUUUUCAGUGCAGAGAAUAAUUGAACAAAUGCUCGACGCUUAGGGCUUUUCUUUCUGAAUGAGUGCUUUUUUUCUUCAUUUGAAAUCAAUGAUAUGCAUGUUCAAACAAUUUUUGUAGAAGAUCUUGAGAAGCCACUUGCAUCGGUGAAAAGUUACUUUGGGUUGUAUGAAAGGACUGUUUAUUCCCAGUUUGUUGAGGAUAAUAAAGAGGGCAUUAUGUUAAAAGCCCUUUUCUUAUCUAACAUUAUUGACAUUGCUCAGAGAACAACACUGCGUCUGCAACUUUGGCAGACCUAAAAUUGGUACAUUUUGUAGUUGUUUUUACACUCAAAAGAGUUGAUAGCCUAUGUGUAGUUUACUUUACUCAUGGUUUUCUACAAAAGAAGGGAGACAAUAACGACAUUGGCUCUUCACUCUCCCACACAAAAAGAAAAAAGCAGUUUAACAGCGUAUUGUUUUCUAAAGAAGAAUCCUUUUGCUAAAUAAUGGAGAGUAAAGCAGCAAUAACAGUCCAUAUUAAUACACAAAUACUAGCCAGUGUGAAGAUUUGAAUAAGAAUUUACAAAUGUAAAUAUUUUUUUCAUUUACGAUAUUGUAUAAUAUAUGUACAUGGUGUUUCCUUUUUCAAAAAGAAAUCUUUUCUUACAAUAGCUGUCUUUUUCUUUUUUUCUUUUUUAACUGAAAUGUUUCAAAAACAGCAGUGUGUAAGAGAAUAUUCCCUUCAUAAACAUUUAAUCCAUUUUUUUCAUUUUUUUUUACUGUAGUCUUUAUAUUCAAUUACUUUUUUCACCAGUUCAUAUAUAUUUUUAACAGUAUGUUCAGUAUCAGAUAGACCUAGCGUAUGGGUCACACACACACACACACACACACACACACACACACACACACACAAACACACACACACGACUAAGCCACCUUGCAGAUUGUUUCCCCCUCAUCCUCAUGUAUCUUUUUAGCCCUGUGCUGCUGCUAAUACUAUAUAAACCUUACAAUUCUAGAAAUAUUUUUAUGUAAGAGGUAAAUGUAAGCUUUCCCACUCAUUAAUGCCACAUAUGAAAACAAAGCUUGGCUUAUUCAUCUAUCUUCCUUGUUUCCCUCAUUUUUUCCUUGCCUUUUUCCUCAUUCCUCCUCCAACAACCCUUCCUCUUCUCUCACGACACGGACUAUAUUGUAAAGUAAAGGACUUUAUGAGAUUAUGUUUGAAAAUAGCUAUGCUUAUAUACUACAGUGACUGAAUGUACAGUGUAUAGAUGCAUUACCAGAAAUAAAGUUGUUUGUCCAGAU